AUGGCGAAGCGACUUGAUGCCAAGGCGAGGCUGCUGUGGCGGAGCGACUUGGUUCUCAUUGAUGGCACGCGGUUACCAGGUCUUGCAAUCGUCUCUUACGCCAACCCAUUCGACGGCGGCAUCGGCGGACGCGAUGACACUCAGGGCGACAACCACGAGGCAGAGGCGGAGCUAUGUCUGGCGCUCGAGAUGCUGCGCAACCAGCCACUGCACAUCUCAGCGGUGACGACGGAUCGAGGGUCUGCUCCGGUCUUGGGAGCAGCGAGCCAGAAGCAAUCGCAUUGGGUCGCAAGCGGAGAGGUCCGUGUCUACAUCGAUCCACGCGAGAGAGCAACGUGGAGCUUCUUCAACCGCACCUUUUGCUUUGACGCCGACUUUGUCGAGGAUGCGGGCGCCGAGAGGUCCGCACAGGUCGUGUCGGUCUCGCUCCAACCGUCGCUGCAUGCCUUCGGGGACGAGACAAGCGUAUCGGACCCUUUCGCUUUCUCCAACGCAGCACCGGUGGAGUACGCCAUCUUUGCUCAGCCGACUCCCCUACCGCAGCGAGAUGAUGCAGGUCACGCCCCGGAGUCGAUGCCAAUACGUCUCGUGCUCGGUCGCAGGGUGACGGUGCAGACGAAGCGGGUGGACGUCAACAUUGCAGGAAGGGAGCUGAGUCGAUCGCGCAGCUUCCAUCGACAGCAGAGUGUAGGAUCUCAAUCGCUGCACGAUGUGUUCACGCAGGCUGGGCUGUCUCUACCGACAUUCGGAGGACCGGCGAGCGCUGUACCGCGACCAGACGACCCGCUUCCGCGAGGCUCGAUAUCUGCGUUGCUCCAAGCUCGGUCGAAGCGCAAACCUGCUCUCACACACCGCCAUACGGGUGCGGCGCCGGUGGGACCAUCAACAUCCUCGCAAGCACCUGUCGCACCACGCACACCAGGUCGACGGGGAGAGAAACGUCACGCCAGCAGCUCGGAUCGCAAAGUCGCCGGCAGUCCGAGCCUUGACAGCCAGAUCAAGAGCGAAUCCUCCGAUCUCGCCCUUUCACCGACCAAAGCGAUCAAGCAUCGUGCGGACCGCAUCCUCUCGGACCUGCCUCGUCUCAAUCUCUCCAAGCAGCCCACACGCAUCGUUGUUCCGAAAGCCGAGCGCGCCGACUCGCUCGACAUUCCUCCUGUCAAGACCGAGUCCGUCUCCCCCGAGCCCUUCUCGGACACCAAGCCCCUACUCGACACGGACACCAUCGAAAAGACCAACCGCACCACGAUCAAGAAGAUCACACACACCCUUCUCGUGCGCGAACACAACCUCACCAAGUCCGACCCGGACUACAUCGCUUCGUACCACCAAACGUGUGCCGGCACCUGGUGCGCUUUCCGGCAUGUCGCAAGCAUCAAACCACUCGCCAAGGACGCCGUCGAGACGGUCGUUCGUAUCCAUCUAUCGCUGUACCUGCAUUCGCAUCGUGCCUAG